AGAGAGAAAUGGGCAACGCAAUCAAGUCUGCUUCCAUCUUCGUUGUCUUCUUCGCUCUCUUUCUGGCUGUUCUUGGAGUGCCAACGAUAGAAGCCGACGAUGAGUGCUUGAAAGUGUACGGCGGCGAUGUUGGGUUUGCGUUUUGCGCUCCAGCAAUCUAUCCGACCAUUUGUUACAUGAGAUGUCGACAAGACAAGGGAGCUAAAGGCGGAAGAUGCGAUUGGAAAGGUUAUGCCACGGUUACAUGCUACUGCGACUAUUGCAGCGACAAACCAGAAGCUGCGAUCAAAACGAAAACGACGAACGAUGUUUUAUAUUAGCAUAUUGGGAAAUGUUUGAUCGAUGAAUAGAUGCCCAUGUCUCGUCUAAGGCGUAAUAAAAAAAAUAGAAGCAAAGGGAUAUGUGUAUAGUCACUAGUCUUGGUUUUCCUUUGUUCGCCAUGUUCAUGCAUGCGUCUGUGUUUCCCCUUGUGUUAAUAAAGGCAUCUACGUUUUUUUU